AUCUUCGUUCCCCACCCAUGAUCAUUUUCCAUCACCACCAUCACGAGAUCUUCAUUCCCCAUCCAUGAUCACGUUCCAUCACCACCAUCACGAGAUCUUUGCUCCCCACCCAUGGUCACUUUCCAUCACCACCAUCACGAGAUCUUCGUUCCCCACCCAUGAUCACGUUCCACCACCACCACCACGCGCUCUUCGGGUGGUCCCUUCUCACACCCAGGACACGAUUGUGUCCCUUCUCCCCCUCGCCGUCCCCGUGGGCGUCCCCGCCCGCGCCGCAGGCGAGUUCAUCCGCGCGCUCUACGAGUCGGAGGAGAACUGCGAGGUGGACCCCAUGAAGUGCUCGGCCUCCACGCUGGCCGACCACCAGGCCAACCUGCGCAUGUGCUGCGAGCUGGCGCUCUGCAAGGUGGUCAACUCCCACUGCGUGUUCCCGCGGGAGCUGAAGGAGGUGUUCGCCUCGUGGCGGCUGCGCUGCGCCGAGCGCGGGCGCGAGGACAUCGCCGACCGCCUGAUCAGCGCCUCGCUCUUCCUGCGCUUCCUGUGCCCCGCCGUGAUGUCCCCCAGCCUCUUCGGGCUGAUGCAGGAGUACCCCGACGAGCAGACGGCCAGGACGCUGACCCUCAUCGCCAAGGUCAUCCAGAACCUGGCCAACUUCACCAAGUUCGGCAGCAAGGAGGAGUACAUGGCCUUCAUGAACGAGUUCCUGGAGCUGGAGUGGGCCAGCAUGCAGCAGUUCCUGUACGAGAUCUCCAACCUGGACACGCUGACCAACAGCACCAGCUUCGAGGGCUACAUCGACCUGGGCCGCGAGCUGUCCACGCUGCACGCGCUGCUCUGGGAGGUCAUGAGCCAGCUCAGCAAGGAGGCGCUGCUGAAGCUGGGCCCGCUGCCGCGGCUGCUGACCGACAUCAGCGUGGCGCUGCGGAACCCUCACCUGCAGCGGCAGCCGAGCCAGGGCGAGCGGCUGCCCCCCAAGGGGCUGGUGCUGCGCGGGCCCUCGGCCGACCUGCAGCCCUACCUCGUGCGCGACCUCAACAGCUCCGUGGAUCUCCAGUCCUACAUGGUGCGGGGGGCUCACAGCUCCAUGGACGCCCCCCGCCUGCCCUCCCCGCCGCAGGAGAAGCCCCCCCCGGAGGUGCUGCUCCUCAGCCGCCCCCCGCUCGCCCGCUCCUCGCCCGCCUACUGCACCAGCAGCUCGGACCUGACCGAGCCCGAGGGCGGCCGCGGCGCCGCUCUGGGCGUGGGCAAGAGCGUGUCCAUGCUGGACCUGCAGGACGGCCGGGUGGACAGCAUCCCCAGCCUGCCGGCCGAGCUGCUGGCCGGAGCCCCGGCCCGGGGGGCGCGGGCCAGGGGGGGGCUGCGGCCGGGCCGCCUCUCGCAGGGCAGCGCCUCCAGCCUGGCCCCGCCGCGCCUGGGGGUGCCCGAGGCGGGCGCGGCGCAGCUGCGGGUGCCGCUCUCCUUCCAGAACCCUCUGUUCCACCUGGCCGCCGACGGGCCCCUGCGAGGCCCCGAGGGGGGCGGAGGGGGCGGCGGGAGGGGCGAAGGGGGCGGCGGAGGAGACGGGGGGCACUUCGGGGGCGUCGCCCCGCCGCCGCUGCACGGCUACAGCAAGAGCGAGGAGCUGGCCACCCCUCCCCAAAAACACAUCACGCACAGCCACAGCUACAGCGACGAGUUCGGGCGGCCGGGGGGAGACUUCGGGCGCCGGCAGCUCUCGCUGCAGGACACGCUGGCCCCCCCCCAAAUCACCAUCGGGGCCCCCCCGCCGCCCACCCCGCGGGGGUCGCGGGCGGGGAAGGGCGGCGGGGGUCCCGCGGCGCUGGGGGUGCCGCAGAAGGCGAGGCCGGCCAGCGGGAACCUGCUGGCCUCGCCCGAACCCGCCUACGGACCGGGCCGGUCCCGCCAGCCCUCCCUGGCCAAGGAGGCCUCGGUGGCCGGGAUGAAACCGCCCGUCACCAAACAGGCGUCGCAGACGCCGUCCACGCUGAACCCGGUGCUGCCGGCGUCGGAGCGCACGGUGGCCUGGGUGUCCAACAUGCCGCACCUGUCGGCCGACAUCGAGAGCUCGCACAUCGAGCGCGAGGAGUACAAACUGAAAGAGUACUCCAAAUCCAUGGACGAGAGCCGGCUGGACCGGGUGAAGGAGUACGAGGAGGAGAUCCACUCGCUGAAGGAGCGGCUGCACAUGUCCAACCGCAAGCUGGAGGAGUACGAGCGGCGGCUGGUGACGCAGGAGGAGCAGACCAGCCGCAUCCUGCUGCAGUACCAGCAGCGCCUGGAGCUCAGCGAGAAACGGCUCCGGCAGCAGCAGCAGGAGAAGGACUCCCAGAUCAAGAGCAUCAUCGGCAGGCUGAUGCUGGUGGAGCAGGAGCUGCGCAGGGAUCACUUGGGCGCCCACGACCCGUCCGAGGGCCGGCGGCGGCUGCUCGACGCUCAGGUGGAGAGGCAGCUUUCCGCCGUGGGUGCAGCAGACCCGGGUGUGAUUUGGGGGGCCGGGGGGGUCCCCGGGCGGCCCCCGCCUCCGCCCCCGCCACCCCCGAUCACGGCCAACGGCUGCGAGCGGCGCGGCCCCGCUGCUGAGCACUAA